AGUUUGGUCUCUCUGGUCACUGCAGUCCCCUAGAGAUAUUAGCAAAGAAAAUUCCCAAAUCGUGUUGCGGCUGUGCAUCGGUUGCAGUGCCAAACAGUGCGUGUGUGUGAGUGCUGCUUUUCUUUCCUCCUUUUUUCCUUGCUGUUGCUGCCAUCCGUGCCGAGCACCUACUGGAAGGAUUUUUUUUUGUGAGCAAAGAUGACGGAGAUUUCGUACAGCUACUCGCGUCCGGCGCGGGAGUUCGGCCGCAUGCCGGAGUUCCAGGCCAACGAGAGUGAAAUUCUGGCCGACAUCGCCCCCAACGAGGUGUUGAAGGAUAAGUUCACCUCGCAGAACCCGAAGGAGACGCAGGUGCAAAACGUGCCGCAGAUGUCGGAGGCGAGCACGAACACGGACUCGGUGCGCAUGAAGAAUCACGCACAGUUCCACUGUGAGGGUGGCUGGCCGAACGCCGUCGACCCGUCCGAGUUCGAGGAGAAGAUGAAGUACUGCAAAAAGGUGGAGCGGGAGGAAGGUUACCUGCAGACGUGCACGCGGCUGGCGGAGCAGUGUGUGGAGCGCUGCGUGAAGCAGAACACGGCAUUGGACAUCUACGGCCGCUAUUUCCCUGAAGCGCCUCCGGACGAGGAGGACUCCGUCGGCCCUGCUGCGGUGAAGGUGCUGGCGGUGCUGAAGGACCCGUCCGCGGAGAAGCGCACCGCCGCCGCGCUGUCGUGGCAGAACGACGGCCGCAAAAUUGCGGUCGCCUACUCGCGGCUGAAGUUCCAGAGCCAGACGCCGACGAUGAGUACCAACUCGCACAUCUGGGACAUCUUGAACCCGAACGAGCCGUCCGAGACGCUCGUCACCCCGUCGCCGCUGUGCAGCAUUGAGUACUACACAAAAGACCCGCACCUCAUCGCCGGUGGCAGCUGGAACGGGGUGGUGCAGUUCUGGGACACGCGUCAGCCGAAUCGACCGGCGGCGCGCUCGCUGAUCGAGGAGAGCCACAAGGACCCAGUGUGGGCCAUCAAGUGGCUGCAGAGCAAAUCCGGUGAGCUCCUCUCUGUCUCUACCGACGGCAACGUCUUUGUGUGGGACUGCCGCCUCCCCGAGAAGCCCGUCACAAUUCACUCCAUUAGCGAAGACAACGUGGUGCUGCAGCCGCGCAACAACGAAGGCGGUGCCAAGGGCAUCUUGGGCGGCCUCUGCCUCGACUACGACCCGCAGGUGGGCGGACCAGCCAAGUACAUGAUCGGCACGGAGGAAGGCACCGUGUUGUCCUGCAACCGCAAAGGCAAAACCCAGCACGAGAAGCUCGGCUCGAACACCUUCAACGGCCACCAUGGCCCCAUCUACUCGGUGCAGCGCAACCCAAUCUUUUCCAAGUACUUCCUCACCGUCGGUGACUGGUCGGCGCGGCUGUGGUUCGAGGACUUCAAGUUCACGCCCAUGUUCAGCACGUUUUACCACAAGGCGUACCUGACCUGUGGUGCAUGGCACACGGUGCGACCCGGCGUGUUCUUCACCACACGCAUGGACGGCUACCUGGAUGUGUGGGACCUCAUGCUCCGCCAAACGACGCCGUCGCUGUCCUACCAGGUGUCCGACUACGCCCUGCACACGCUGAAGCCCUCGCACUGCGGCAAGUAUAUCGCCACCGGCGGCAUCGACGGCAAUGUGUCGCUCAUGGAGCUGUCGCCCUCGCUCUGCACCUUAGCCACGGAUGAGAAGAAUGUGAUCGGCACCCUCUUCGAGAACGAAAGUCUGCGCGACAAGAACCUGGACCGUGCCGUGAAGGAGAAGCGCGCCAACGCCAAGCAGCGUCAGCGGCGCAGCACGUACAUGGCGGAGUUGACAAAGCCGUCCACGGACGCUGAGGUCAACUUGGACGAAGUGUCUGCCCAAUACAUGGACAGAGUGGAGGCAGAGAAGACAGGCGAUGCGGACGCGCGUGACGAGGCGUACGCGCAACGCCUCAGAGCGUUGGAAGACCUGGAAGACGGCAUGGAGCUAAACGAUUAG